AAAAAUUGUUUAAAACGAAAAGAAUUAUCAGACAAAGUAGGGUUUGGGCAUACAUCGUAUGGGGUUGGAAGACGAUGGGUAUGCUGCUGCUGCUGAAGGAGGCAAAACAGGUUCCUCCAUUCCAUGUUCGAUUUGCCUGGACGAUGUUACUGAUUACGGGGAUCGUGCUUGGGCGAAGCUCCAUUGUGGUCAUCAAUUCCAUCUCGAUUGCAUUGGUUCUGCAUUUAAUGUGAAGGGAGUGAUGCAGUGUCCCAACUGUAGAAAAAUUGAGAAAGGUCAAUGGCUUUAUGCAGAUGGUGGGCGACCAUAUCCUGAGUUAAACAUCGAUGACUUAGUCAAUGAUGAAGAUCUUUAUGAUCUCAGUUACUCUGAAUCCUCCAUGUGGUGCCCAUAUGGUGGAUAUGCACACCUUUCUGCUGCUUUUGAUGAAGUGGAGUUUCCAACCACUGCGUAUCAUGAUAUUGGUAGUGAACAUGCAACAAGUGUAUCAUCUUCAGCUACUCACAUUUGUCCAUAUAUUGCUUAUGUUCACCCCUCCACUGAAAAUGUGACACAACAAGGAGCAAGAUUUGAUAGUAAUAAUAAUCAAUGGAACACCCAAUCAGCUUCAAGUGAAACCCCAAAUUCAUAUCCUCUCCAUUAUCACACAACCCUCUUUCCAACACUAACCACCCGUAUACAUGAUGAUGAUCUUCAACAUCCCUCCAUCUCUAUGCCACGUAGGCAAAGGGCUAAUGCUGACUUGUCAGUGUCACCAUCAGGAUCUUAUCCACAUCCGUUUCUUGCUGCCCAAAGUAGUUCUGGAACUAGACCUGCCAGCUCAUCAAUGAACCGUGGUUACCCGGGCACGGGCAGUGGUGGACAGUCCCACGCCUAUUUUCAGCAACCACAACGGUCAAACGGUCAAGUCCAAGUGUCUGACCGGACACAUGGUGGUGUUGGUGGUGGGGUCUAUUACUCAGGUUCAUCUACUGGAAGAGGGUUCCAGGAAACGGAAAGAUCAAUGUUGAAUUUCCUCCACCAUAUAUGGGAAAGAGAUCUGCCACAUCAGCGCCCUGUUAGUGCUGAUAGGGUUCUGUUCCACCAGGCGGCUGGUGGUGGUUUUCGACAGCGGUCGGAAAGGAUGCCUUCUGAGAGUCGGUAUUGGUCGUAGGAGACUUUUUUUUUUUUUUUUUUCUUGGAUAAUUAUUUGUUACCAUGAGGAGUGUUUGAUGUGU